AUGCGUGGCCACUCCGCGGACAAGUCGCGCGUCCUGGUGCGGAUCGACCCGAAGUACUUCCGGCCGACUGAGGUCGAGCUGCUGAUCGGAGACCCGGCCAAGGCCAAGGAGAAGCUCGGCUGGGUGCCCAAGAUCCCGAUGCAGGAGCUCUGCAAAGAGAUGGUUGCCUCCGACAUCGCCCUCGUCGAGAAGGGCGACCUCACCUCGUGA